CCGUACCUGAUCCGGUUUUGCUUGACACCACGCCUCCCCUGGACAUAUCCCUCUCCACCUUCAGUCGACCCUCGACUUGCUCUCGCUUGACCUAAUGUUACGUUAUCGCGUGAUCCAAGCCCUGCUCUCCAUUUGGUCCCCAACACUUUGACCACAUUACCACACAUAUUUUCCAUAUCAGGCUCUACUCAGACCUUGUCUACUCUCUUUUGCACUCCCUCGCUCAACACAUAACCGACUUCUCCCUCCAGGCCAAUCACCUGUCAGCCGUUGGGGCAGUUCUGGCAGUUUCCUGUCUGCCAACCUUGCACAAACGCUUGUCAUUUUGUGACAGCGGGAAAGGUUCCAGCCGAUGUAGUGCUGAACCUUCCUCGACUCCACCGCCUAUCAUUAAGACUGCGUCCGCCGUUGGACCCUUUCCCUCUACCAACUCGGCCAUCGUUGGCCGUGCCACCUUCCACAGUGGACCUUAUUCGGUCAGACCAGGAUCUUGCAUCACUGCUCACAGUCUCUCACCUACGCUGUUGUAAAACAAACGCUUUGGUCCACUCGUUCGCACUUUAUCAAGCGGAUGAUUUGCUGAAAAGUCACCAUUGCCCAUCGAGACUCGACCUCUCACGCCUCUUCAGUUUCGCCUUAUACUACCGGUCUUCCAAUCACCCAGGCCAUGAUCUCAUGAACUUGUCCCAGGCUCUGGCAAUUAUCAAUGAAAACAAAUGCCACGCUUCAGCACUUCGACCUCUUUUUCCGUUUGGAGACCACAUGACCGAGGUCUUUCGGGCCUGGAGACAUCAUGAUUCCAUGGGCGACGAUCCAGGGAAGCACAUCCAACCUCGACUUUCGUGGCGAGCUGAAUGAUUACAACCUGAUUCACCAUGUUGAGUAUGGACCAACUCAAUUCAUCCGCGGGCUGCACUCGUCCAUGCUUGAGCUGGCUCAUGAACGUCAAUUUGCCGUCUGCCAAUUGGGCCUUUCUAGUGUAGGGUUCGAAUUGGAACAUACUACCAGAAUAUCAGACACUCUGGACCUCAUUCUCAAGGCUCUAAAUCUUCAUCUCGCGGCAGGUCACCACCUGGAGAAAGCAGGUCGGCCUGCUUCGCCUCAUCGAGACGAUGUAAUAAAUUGCAGACCCUUUGGAGCCGACCCAUCCGGCCUGAGUCGCGCCUUGUCUCCUGGCCUUGAGCUUGAGCCUGAGACUGGCUUAUGUAUCGAAUCCUGCUUGGAUUAUGAGCAACGCCCCCAACCUGAUCACCCCACCAGCCGAAUGAAUCAAUCUUGUAGGUCAAUAUUGGAUAUUCAAAAUCUCGUCAACCCAAUGGCCCAAGAACCAAAGCCCCUGAAGAGAAAAUUUUCGGCCACCAUCACCCAUCCAACCAUCGAUGCUGACGAAGAACAUCUCUCUAAACACAUGCCCCCCGACGAAGAGCUGGAGCUUCACAAUCUUCUGAAAUUUAAACGGGCCCUUCGAAGCUCCAAUCCAUCUGCAGCAAGAAUAAACAAAAUUCCCCGCCAGAGGCUCCAAAACCCAUUUCAGGCUGCUUCGGACAUUCCUCACAAGACCAGUAUGUCCACAAAAGCUUGCCCAGAAGACCUUUUGGCCUUGAGACACUCCAAAAGCGGAGAAAGCGCCAUCUUGGCAUCUGCCAUAACGACUCGGUCCACUCCAUCAUUCAAUACAUGAUUUGUCCACAGGCUGCUUCGCAGUAACUUUCAUUGCAUUCGACACCCGCUGGAAAGAGGAACUUUGACCAUUGCAGUCCCGUUCAGCGAUACGGACCCUUGCAUGAAUCAGUCUCAUAUCGACGUCUUUGAUUGGUGAGCGUCUAUGUACACAAGUCUCAUAGUCAUAGCGGC